CUGGUGGUGGGCUGUGGAAACUCAGAACUGAGCGAGCAGAUGUAUGACGUGGGGAUGUGCGAAGACAUCAUGAACAUCGACAUCAGCGAUGCAGUGAUCCGUCAGAUGCAAGAGCGGAGCAGGAGCAAGAGGCCAAAGAUGAGCUACCUGCUGAUGGACAUGCUUCAGAUGGACUUCCCCGAUGCCCACUUCCAGGUGGUCCUGGACAAAGGCACGCUGGAUGCCAUCCUGACUGAUGAAGAGGAGGCCACUCUAGCCAAAGUGGACAAGAUGUUUGCAGAGAUCAGUCGGGUCCUACAGGUGGGAGGGCGCUACCUCUGUGUCUCCUUGGCUCAAGCCCAUGUGCUGAAGAAAGCGGUGGAAUACUUCUCCCAGGAAGGCUGGGUCGUGCGUGUCCAUCAGGUGGCCGGCAGCGGGGACAAGCAGCAGUUUGUCCUACCUGUCUUUGUCUACGUCAUGACAAAGUUCAGGAAGAUCACUGGGUCAGCACCACAGAUCCUGGAGAUCUGCCCUGAAGAGCAGGAGAAGCCGAUGCGGGUGGAGAGUGCGGAGCGGCUGGUCGCGGCGGUGAAGGACAGGCAGCAUUACGCCCUGCUCUGCAGCCAGCUGAGCAAAACCCCCUGCGGGGAGCAGGUUUCCCUCGACCUGUGCGAUAAAGAGAGCGGGAAGCCUCGCUACACACUGCACGUGGUUGACAGCCCCUCGGUGAAAUCUUCCCGGGACAAUCACUUCGCCAUCUUCAUCAUCCCACAGGGCAGAGAAACCGAGUGGCUCUUUGGGACGGAGGAAGGGCGGAGGCAGUUGGCGGCUAGCGCGGGCUUUGGGCGCCUGGUCACCGUGGCCCUGCACAGGGAGCAGCACUACGAGGGCAUGGCGGGCAUCCAGGCGGAGCUGUCGGGGAAGGUGAUGGAACUGGCGCCGCCGGGCCUCCCUGCCCGGCAGCAGGUGCCCUUCCUGUCUGUGGGAGGGGACAUCGGGGUGAGGACAGUGCGGCACCGCGGCACCAGCCCCCUGAGCGGGGAAUACGUUGUGGAGGAUGUGAAGGGUGAUGGCACCUGCUACUUCCGACGCCUCCUCUUCCUCCGCAACAGGAACGUGGUGCAGUCAGAGGCUCGGCUCCUGGACCCCACACCUCUCCCAGGCCAGAAGAAACGGAGGAAGGACAAGAGGAAAUCCAGCGCCGCUGAGCCACCUGCAGCCAUCGACAAGAGCUACCUGUGCUGUGAGCACCACAAGGCCAUGGUCGCGGGGCUCUGCCUGCUGGGGAGUCCGGACUGCCUCCCAGGAACCACGCUGACGGUGCUGGUGGUGGGGCUCGGCGGGGGCAGCCUGCCCCUCUUCGUCCAUGACUACUUCUCACAGGCCCGUGUGACUGUGGCAGAGAUCGAUCCCUCCAUGCUGGAGGUGGCUACACGCUGGUUCGGCUUCUCCCAAGGUGACCGGCUGCAGGUGCACGUCUCUGAUGGCCUGGACUACGUGGCCAAGCUUGCGGCUGAAGCCCCGGCUCACUAUGAUGCCGUCAUGUUUGAUGUGGACAGCAAAGACCUCAUGGUGGGAAUGAGCUGCCCACCUCCAGCCUUUGUGGAAAAGCCUUUUCUGCAGAAAGUUAAAACCAUCCUCAGGCCAGAAGGAGUCUUCGUGCUCAACUUGGUGUGUCGUGACGCCCAGCUGAAGGAGUCUGUCCUGGCCACCCUCAGGGAGGUCUUCCCGCUGCUCUACGCACGCAGGAUUGAAGGAGAGGUCAACGAGAUCCUGUUCUGCCAGCCCAGCCCCGAGGGCCGGCGGGACCCCACGGAGCUGGGAACACGUGCCCGAGCACUGGAGGAGGCCUUGCGGCAGCCUGGGCGCCCCUGGGACAGCUCAUACAUGCUGGCAGACAUGCUGCAGGCUGUCAAGAUCCUCUGA